AUGUCGACACUGGAUGUCCCUGGGAAAUCUCUUGGCCGAAAGCUCAGUGGGAUCUUGUCGAGAAGGAAUAGUUACGCUCCUCCACCGUUGACUGUUUGCGAGUUGCCGGCUCAUGCCGCGAUGAAUCCCACUCGACCAACUGAUACUCUUUCGUUAAGAUGCCGUUGCGGUUAUGUGAAACACGAUGUGAUGUGCUUGGGUGAUGUGGUCGAUAAAGAGGCCAAGCUUUUUCAUUUCUGUGGUGGCUUGUUCAUUGUCAAGAAAAAGGGACGAGUCGAGUGUGCAAAAUGUCGAAAAACGUCAACGAAGCUCACGUUCACGUGCGCUUUUUGUGGACUUGUUCAAGAUAUCGACCUUUUGGCUGUCGAUCAAUCGUGCAAUUGGGCAUCGAUGGACUCGGUGCAAUCAUCGGUGAUAGCUUACAAUGAUCCAAGAAAGCAGUUGAGCUCUCGGCUUUCAUCCGUUAACAUGUGGCGACACAAAAUCGAUUCGGUCGCUGAACGAGAUGACAUUACUGAGAAGUCAUCGACAUCCGAUGAAGAUGAGAUUAAUAUCAUUUUCCGGAACAAA